GAGAGAGAGAGAGAGAGAGAGAGAGAGAGAGAGAGAGAGAGAGAGAGAGAGAGAGAGAGAGAGAGAGAGAGAGAGAGAAUGGUGUCGUGGCUGAUGACUAUCAAGUCGGUGCUGAUAUCUACCGGCGUCGCCUCCGUGGGACUUCUACUCAAGGUCUCUGUCCCAGUGGCUGUCGAUUUCUCCGUCUCGCAAGCUCCGAUCAUGUGGAGCUCUUUGCUGUCGUGGCUGAAACCGCCGUAUCUCUACAUACUUACCAACGGAAUCAUCAUCACCAUCGUCGCUUCUUCCAAGUACUACCGGAGCACUAGCCACCACGACGAGGAAGAUGACGGGAUCAUUUACGGCGGCGGCGGCGGCGAUUAUAAGCUCCAGACGGAGCUGAUUGUCCAUGACCAAGCUUCUCCGCGGAUGCUGGAGGUGAAUGAUGCGCAGUUCGGUUUCGUAGUCGAGACUCCGCCGUCUCCGAAACUGGAACCGGAGGAGGCGGAGGUAAUAGAUGUGGUGACUAUGGUGGAAGGCGAAGAUGAAAUUGAACCGGAACUUGAGAACGUGACAGUGCGGGAAGGUUCUGAUUUUGUUGGAACCGAUGACGAUGUGAUGUUGCCGGCGGCGGAUUCAAACCGGAAUCAUUUGCCUGAGAGGAUGACUGAAUCGGAGAAUCUCCCUCCGAGUGAGAAACCUUUGGUUUCUUCAAGGUUCGGCCACCGGAAAUCAGUUAAAGCUAGUCAACAAGGUGGAAGAUCGAUGUUGAGGGUAACGAAGCCAAAGCGGAACGAAACGCUGGAGAAUACUUGGAAGAUGAUAACUGAAGGGAAGUCAACGCCGUUGACCAAACAGUUGUACCGGAGAUCCGACACGUUUAGCCGUGGAGAUUCCGGCGGUAGCGGCGAGGCCAGACCAGUUUACAAGAAAUCGGAGACGUUCAGGGACAGGACCAACUAUUACCAGUCUCAGGAGACGGUGGCGAAAGAAAAGGCGAAAGGGAAGGUGAUGAAAGAGCCGUCACUGGGUCAGGACGAGUUGAAUCGGCGAGUUGAGGCGUUUAUCAAGAAGUUUAACGAAGAUAUGAAGUUACAGAGAAUGGAGUCAUUGAGACAGUACCAAGAGAUAACUGGUCGUGGGGUUUAGCUCUUUUUUCUCUUUUUGAAAAAGGUUUUUAGCUCCUUUUCAUAAAUCUUUAAUGAUUUUUAAGACACAAGGAAAAAACAAGACUAAAGAGGUGAUAUAAAGUCAACCGAAAAAAGAAAAAUAUGUUCAUUAGUUUGUGAAGCUUAGAUUUACACAGGUUUUUCGUUUUGUUGGUGUUAUUGUGUUAUAAUUUUACUCAGCUAUACAUUUAGCUUAAAGUUAGGUUUACACAGGUUUUUCGUUUGUUGGUGUUGUUGUGUGUAUAAUUUUAGUCAGCUAUACAUUUGUGUUGCGAAUAUUAAGCUAUGCAUAUAUCAAAUAUGGGUUGCGAAUA